AUGGCGUCCAAUCUCUAUGAGAUUCUCGGCAUCAAGCAGGACGCAACGUCGGAAGAGGUGAGGAAGGCCUAUCGUAAAAUGGCUCUUCAAACGCAUCCCGAUCGUCUCCCGCAAUCCGUGACUGCCGAGGAGAAGAAGGCGGCGGAGGAGCGAUUCAGGCUGGUGAACAACGCGUACGAGGUCCUGAACGACACUGAGAAUAGGAAGUUGUACGACAAGCACGAACAAACCUCUCGCAGCAGUGACCCGUUCACGAACACCCCGUUCGCGAACAAUCCAUUCUUUUCUCGCCCCUCCUUCGCCAACCCUCGUGGACGUGGUGCAUUCACGGACCCAUUCGAGCUCUUCAACGCCCUCUUCGGUGACUUCGAAGCUGCUUUCGUGCGCGAAUUUGGUGGGACCCCGUUCAUGCAGUCACCUUUCGAUGAUCCCUUCUUCCGGAGCCAGUUUGGCGCCUCCGCUUUUCACACUUCUCCCUUCGGACAUGCCAGAGAUCCGUUCGGAGGCCCCAUGUUCGGCGGUUCGCCGUUCAACGCGCUUAUUGGCGCACCAAUGCUGGCGGGACGCCAGAGCGUGCACCCGGGAAUCUCCACACGCAUAUACAGUUCAAAUAUUAGCUCGGGAGGCAAUGGACAUUGGGUUUCGACGAGCACAAGUAUGCGCUCGAUCAACGGACGUACUGAGACGAUCACGAGGAGAUUCGACCCGCAGGGUAACGAGCAUGUCACAUACUCUUCUCCAGAAGGAGAUAAGUAUACGGUCAAUGGAGUCGAGCAGCGAAGCGGCUCUCCAGAGGAUACCCGUCACUCAAAUGGCGUACCUCGCCAGCCUCCUGCCCCUGCGGACGCCUCGCGUUCACCCGCCGCCGUUGAAGCUCCCAAAUCCUUCUCUGUCCCAAUAGCUGGUUACGGCCCGACCUCGACUUCCGACCAAAACGGCGCCACGUUCACCCCCGUCGUCCCGAACGACCAUCACCGCCGCCACCACCACUCGAUCCACUCCCACUCCCCCGCGGAGCCGGUCGACCCUCGCGCGCCGAAGCACCGGGACUUCGCGUAUGAGCAGCCGCGCGUCCGUACGUCGUCGCAACGAGCCAGCGGGAGUGGGAACGGGGCGCAAGGGCAGGAGCAGCCCCAGCACAAGGGCUGGCGCGGAUGGUGA